UUUUACGAAAUGCAAACAUAAAUCAAGUACAUAAACCGAAAACAACGAUACGUUUAUGCAAACGAACAUCAGAGCACACGCCUCACUUGUAAUAAAUUCUUGUUAUCAAGCAAUUUUUGUCAAAGAUCACUACACAACGACAAGAUUCAAGUUUCUUCGUGGAAGAAUGAGGACACAAACAUACUUUAAAUAUUAAUUGGAAAAGCGAAUCAAAAGAAGAAUGUGCGCAUUAUUAUGUUUAAUUCACAAUAAUAUUAUAUUGCAAUAAUUUCUGAGAAUGCAAGCACAACGUUCCAACAAUCACCAAGUACCAUGACUGAGAAGACCCCUUUCUCGAACAACUUGGUCCAGAUGUCUUUAGCGAUAACCCCCGUUAACAUGUAAACUCCGUCAUGUUUUAUUGCUGUGUAUAGCACAUAAAUACCAUAUAUCGCGAUAUCGACGCUAGUUCACAGCUGGACAAGCGAACUAGCACUUAGCAGACGAAAUUUAUCAUUGAAAACGAGUAACAACAUGAUGAUGCGCAGAUUGUUCGUUUUCUGCCUAUUUAUCAGCGCUACAAUGUGUCUGAGUGAUGAUCUCACGGAAAAGCUAACAGAAUUAUUAUCGAUGUCGAGCACAGAAGUGCAGACUUGCCUGAAUAAAAGCAAUGUAAAAGUCGAGGAUGCAAUGAGGAUGGACAGAUUAAUAAAUGACAGUGUAGAAACAGUGGAUACCGAUAAUUCGGUUGUAAAAGUUGGCUGUUUAUUUGCCUGUUUGCUUCAAAGAAAAGGAAUAAUGUCUGGUUCAUAUAUCAAUGUGGACAAAUUAAAGGAAUUAUCAGACUCUAAGAUCAUUCUAAAUCACAAAUACAAUGCCUUACGCGAUCGUAUAUUAAAUACAUGUAGUGAUCGAGUUAGAAGCAAAACUAAUGAAUGUGACGUAAUCAUCAAGUUUGUCUUGUGUAUAAUUGCGGAAGUAAAGAAAGUGUACAGGAAUUUUUAAAAAAGAAAUGUAAAAAGGUAUGACUAAUGAAACAAGAAUUUAAAUUAUCUCAGAUAAAACAAGAUUUAAGUUCAAGACAGAAAACAGAAGUAUACCUAAUAUAUCUGAAGGAUAACGGGACAUUAAUUAACUUUUUCAUAUCUCAUCAAUCAUCGGAGUAAAUUGAUGCUAAUGAAAAGUUAAAACUAAAAAUUUGUGAAAAUUUUCUUGUUAAAUACAAAGAGAACGGUAACUGUUUGUAAUUAUCCACUAUUAUAUCCAGCAUUACACCAAGUUUAUCCUAAAACUGGGUAAACUGUAAAGCCGAGGUGACGACUCAGAAGCAUGACAAUUAUUCUAAUCGAGGGCAAGGAACAGAAGCUAGGUAGAACGCUAGAUGCAAAUAUUUGCAAGUGCUGCACGACCGGUGGUCUCCGUGGACUGAAGUUUUGCUAUUCUGCGCAUAAAUGAAAUUACAAAGUCAAAUGGAGAGCAAGCUUUUCAACGUGUAUAGGAAUACUUAUACAUAUAUAGAUUACAAAGCUAAUGUAUCACAUUUGCUUGAAUGACAUUACACAUUGUAAGAUAGCCAUAUAAUUAAUAAAUAGACAACAAGAAUUAUCCACCAAAAA